UGCCUAACAGUCCAUUUAAUUUAUAAAGCACAUGAGGCUCACCAAAGGAUAAUGAGAACGAAGAAAAGAUUAAGGCAAUUAUAUUGGUGGCCGAGAAUGGACAUACAAGUAGAAAAUAUAAUUAAACAUUGCAAGGUGUGUAUAGAACAUAAUAAGACGGUAAGGGUUUCAAAAGCCUCUAUGACACCCAUAGAGUAUCCGUCAGGUCCAUGGGAAAAGUUAGGACUAGAUAUAGUUGGUCCCUGUGACUUGCUACCAAACCAGUGCAGAUUUGCCAUUACUCUUAUUGAUUACUAUUCUAAGUGGCCGGAAGUGUGUUUUGUACCAAAGGUGACCACACAAGUUGUAAUGGAUUUUUUGUCAGGCGUGUUUGUGCGGGAGGGUUACCCAUUAGAAUUAAUCACUGAUCAUGGAGUUCAAUUUGUGAGUUAUGAAAUGAAACAAUUUCUAAAACAAAGAGAUAUUAGGCAUUUGCAUUCUGCUAUUUAUCACCCACAGAGUAAUGGUGCCGUAGAAAGGUUUAACAAAGUGCUAAAACAGACGAUACAAACUGCAUUCUUAGAAGGGAAAGAAGUUAAACAAUAUGUGCAGUCAUUUUUAUUUGCAUAUAGAAACACUCCACACUCAACAACAGAGGUGGAACCUGCAUUGUUGUUGCAUGGACGUAAAUUGAGAAACAAGUUAGAUAUUAAAGGGUUGACACCACCAGCAGAUGUGGUGGUUGAUAAAUCUAAGCUUAAAGAGCUAGUAAAAGUUAAUCAGAAGAAACAAAAGACAUAUUUUGGCAAUCGUAACAGUGUUAAAAAACCUAUUAUACAGGAAGGAAUGAAUGUAAAGGUUAAAAAAAUUGGAUAUGUGCAUAAGGGCAGUAGUUCAUUUAUGGGACCAUUUCGUGUAGUUAAGAAAGUGGGGAUUGCAGCCUUUCUGUUAAGUAACAGAAAGACAUAUAAUGUUGAAAGGUUAGCUAUUGUAUGCCCUGACUGUAGGGAAUGGGUAAACCCGUUAGGCAAUGCAGUGCCUUUGAUGAUUGAUGAUUUCGGGAAUGCACAACCAGAAAAUGUCAAUACAGACAGAUUCGUACCAAGGGAUGUAGACCAGGUUCCAUAUAGAACUAGGUCAGGUAGGGUAGUGAGAAACCCUAGUAGGUAUAUUAAAGAAUGUAAUUUGUUACAGGGGGGAGAUUGUGGUAACGGGAACGAAUGUAAAGAUUGAGGGCGUAAGCGAGGUUCGAGGAGAAAGAACAGAAAUAAAGAGAGCUUAGAAUUGUCAUUAAAAUCUGUCCAAAGUUUCUUUCAUUUUGUGGAC